UUUUCUUCACUGUCGCCGCGCGUGAUUCUUUGCUUGUGGCACGUUGUUUCGUGUUUUGGAUGUCUUCUUAACAUGUUAUCCGAAUCUUUCCUGCAUAAAAUAUGUUAUGUGUAUGCAUAUAUGUAUGUCUACGCGCAUCUGAAUCUUGAUUUGGUAUAUUAAUAUUUUAUUUUCUAAAGGUUGAAUUUUGUUUGUGCGCGUAUAUAAAUAUAGUGAUGAUGCAUUUUAGGCUCCGCAAAUAAUUCUGCAACUGGGAUCCAGAUUUAGUUUGUUCAAAUUGCGAGGAAAUGGCAAAAGGUACGAGGGGCAGGCGCGGCAUUGCUUCCAGACAAUGCAGACCAACACCAUACCCCUUGCCACCCUACAAUAAAAAGGAUGGUGUGAAGCAAAAGAACUGCUCCAAACUAUUCAAGAAAGACUGGGAAGAUGCUACAUGCUCGGUCUGCAUGGAGUGUCCCCACAAUGCGGUUCUUCUUUUGUGUUCCUCACAUGAAAAAGGUUGCCGUCCCUAUAUGUGCGGGACCAGUUUUCGCUAUUCGAACUGCCUCGAUCAGUACAAGAAGGCAUACACAAAAGUGACAUCAUCUCAAAGCCGUCCACUUCAUGAUUCACUUGACGGUCAAGCCAUUGGUCCACUUGCUGCUCAGUCGGGAGGGAAUUGCGAAGCUUUACAGCUUGCAUGCCCCCUCUGCAGGGGGCAGGUGAAGGGCUGGACUGUUGUGGAGCCUGCACGAGAGCAUCUCAAUGCCAAGAAGCGAAGUUGCAUGCAGGAUGACUGUGGAUUCAUUGGAACAUUCAAAGAGCUGCGAAAACAUGUGAGGGCAGAGCACCCUUCUGCUAAACCACGCGAAGUGGAUCCCACUCUAGAACAGAAGUGGAGAAGCCUGGAGCGAGAGCGAGAGAGGGAAGAUGUGAUGAGUACCAUAAGAUCAUCAAUGCCAGGGGCAGUAUUUUUUGGUGAUUAUGUCAUAGAAGGGAGUCAUUAUGGUUUUGAUUCAGAUGACGAGGAGGGCUUUGAUGUCGAUGCCAUGCAGCGGAAUGAGGGCGUUGAAGUGGGGAUUGAUCGAAAUUUGAUGUCUGUGUUUCUCUUUCUGCAGGCAUUUGGUUCUGCAGGUAAUGUAGGAUCUAAUAGAGGUAUGAGGCGACAUGAGAGAGACCCCAGCAGGACUUUGGACAGAGGUGCAAUGAGAUUGAGUCGUGAAAGGACAAUAAAUGAUUUUGAUUUCUCUGAUCACGAUAGCGAGAAUGAUGAUGGCAGUGAAAAUGACACAAACAAUAGUUCCUCGCUGGUUGGCCGCUUACAUCGACGAGGAAGAGUCCUCGUAGGACAUUCUGGAAGGAGGCGAAGACAUAGAGAAGUGAAUGGAGGGCGGAGCUAGGUUGUAAUGAUGACCAGUAGAAUUCUGGACUCCAAACAUGAAAAUUUUAGGUCGUAGUCCACGGGUAGGAAAGGCUUAACUGUAUUAUUUACAUUAGCCUGUACAUUUACUCCUUCCUGAUGUUCCAUAUUUCUGUUAGUUGUGUAUGAUAUGAUGGCUCAAGAAAAUGGGUGCCGCAAAAAACAGUGAUGUAAUUUUAAUUUGUAAUUUCUACUUUUCCUCUGAUGUUAA